UCUUGAUCCGUGCAUCGAGGUUAGCAGCCAGCUCAUGCCAACGAAGUCCCAACACCCACAUCCACCCGUUUAUAUUCCCCCCCUUCCGAAAGCAUUUACUCUCACUAUUCCACUCCCGGGAACACUCAGGACCACUCCAAUGGCUUCAUCUUCUUCUUCUUCUUCUGCUCUCUCUCUCGUUCUCAUUGCCUGCAUCUUCUCCCUCACUCUCUCCCCGCCUCCAGCCCUCGCCCAGUCUGCAUCCGCCCCGGCGCCAUCCUCGUCGGGCCCCGCCAACCUCACGGGGAUCCUCCAGAAGAACGGGCAGUACACCUACUUCAUCCGGUUGCUCACCGCCACACAGGUCGCCACCCAGAUCGAAAACCAGCUCAACACCUCCACCGAGGGCAUCACCGUCUUCGCCCCCACCGACAAUGCCUUCAACAACCUCAAGGCCGCCGCCAUCAACGACCUCAGCAAUGAGCAACAGGUUCAACUUGUUCUCUACCACGUCGCCCCGAAAUACUACACCCUCCAGUCUCUCCUGAGCGUCAGCAACCCGGUGAGAACGCAGGGCAACUUCGCGGGCCUCAACUUCAGCAGCCAGGGCAACCAGGUCAACGUCUCGACCGGCAUUGUCGAGACGCAGAUCAACAACGCACUGUACGAGCAGUCCCCGCUGGCCGUGUACCAGGUGGACAAGGUCUUGCUGCCGCCGGAGCUGUUCGGGGCUCCGGCCCCGGCGUCGUCCACUUCCCCCACGCCGAAGAGCUCCUCCGGAGGCGGGUCGAACUCGACGAAGUCCGCGAAGGCGCCGUCUUCGGCGAGCAGCAAUUCGGGCGCGAGCGGGAGGAACAGCGCGUGGCUAGGGUUUGCUGUCGGGGUUGGGAUGGUGUGCAUGGGGUUUCUGUCGUGAGUUCUGCAUAUAAAGCACGUCUUGUCACAUUUUGUGUUUUCUCUCUUCUUUUGUUACGUCUGAGCUUCAUUAACUUUCCAUUGCUACUUGUUUGAACUUCGGAGAACCCUAUUCAUAUUAUUAUCCUCGUGGA